AUGUCCAGCGCCUACGGCGCUACGCGAGUCGUAGGCGAGUGCGACUCUUUCGUGCCCAACUGCACCGGUCAAGGAACAACGCCCGCAAGUCCGCUGCGAUCGUGGCAAGGUGUGGUGCUCGGCGCAGCGCUCGUGGUCGCAACCCUGGGCCUUGCUGCGACCGUGCAGUCGUCUCGAGCCGCUCACGAAGACCGUCUCGCCACGCUCGAGCAGCACGUGACGGAAAUCAAAGCGAUGCAGGCAGCAGUCUUGACGCAGUCGCGUCUCCCACCAGUGGAACUCUACGACAGCAGGUCGCGGGCAAUGACGUCGUUCGCGGUCGAGUCUGUCACGCCUCUCAAGACACAAGACGAGCGCGGGACGUGCUGGGACUUUGCUACCAUAGCUCUACUGGAAAACAGCUACCGACAGCAAGGAAUCGCUCGCGGAUGGCUCAAGACGGACGAAUAUCUAGCGCUGUCCGAGCAAGCCUAUGGGGCCGAGGUGCUGCGGCUAUGCGCAGGUCCUGCUGACUCGCCGCAGCAAGUGGUCUGUUUGAUUCCUGGAAACGGUGUCUGGAAAAACACGUCCGAAGGUGGCGACGCGACGCUGCUAUUGUACUUGAUGAACGGGUUAAAGGACAAUAUUUAUCCGGACUCGAUCUGUGCGUACGAGCCGUUCGACGGUCAGAACAACACAGUGUGUCCUGCACUCACGUCUGCGAAACGACAAGCGAACCCACUGCGGCUGACAAUCAAGCGCAUGGAUACCCUCAUGGAUGAAGCAUCGAUCAAGCGUGCAAUGGUGAACCACCGUCAAGUCAUGUCGCUCACGACAGCUAUGUCUUAUACGACGCAUUACUAUCCUUGUAUCGGCAAACUUGCUGGCGAAGAGCAGUGCGACCCUGCAUCGACAUCGUGCUCGCUCUGCCCACCCGAGCUGUCGAUGACAACGUGCUGUGUUCCGAUUGCAAAAGGAGAGGGAUACAACAUGAACGGCGAGUUCAUCACGAGUCACGUUAUGAACCCCGAGGGUGGACACGUCAUGGCUCUCGUUGGCUACAAUGAUCUCUUCCGCGCUAGCACUAAACAGGGCUACACUGGUGGGUUCAUUCUCAAAAAUUCGUGGUUUGAUGGCAUUCACCCAGCGCUCGGACCGAUGCAUGCCCGAGGCAGCCAUAGUCUGAAGUACUGGAUGCAAGAGAUUACGGAGUGGGAGGAGGCCAGUAUUUGCCCCAAUAGCCACAAUCCCGAGAACUGGUACCAGUGUGGCAACACAGACGAAGUCGUCCGCUCCGAACGCCACGCUGAUCCUGGCAUGAACAUUCCGUUGCCUAUUGACCGCUCCACUACACCAGGAACUGGUGCGGAGUCAUGUCUGUCGAAAGAGACGGAGCUGUAUGCGAGGGUGAGCUUCCAGCCUCUGCACUUGCGCUGCACUGACCCGUUAUUCUGCAUCGUGAAGGAUGAUUAUACGUACUUUGUGCGCAACACGACGCAGUGGGGCGACCGUAUGCUGCACAUGUGUUUGCUCGAGUACAACACGGUGACGAGCAAGUCGACAGAGCUAUGCCUGCCCCCAAUGUUGGCGCAAAAGAUUGCGUACGUGUUGUCUCCCGUGGAAGAGGAGAUACGUGAGAAUGAUCCGGACGCUUGUGGCUUCUACUUCUACCCAUACGAAGUGCAGCGGCAAUACAAGGCACAAUUUGGCAAUUUCUACGUAAACGACUUCGACAUUGAGUGGCACGCGCAGUCAUACGCAGCAAACAAGGCGAUGUAUCCAGAUCUGGACUACAGCGACGUGGAAAAGUCGACGCGCAAGCAGAGCCAGUAUGAGUUCGUCGGUCCUUUUCCGUUUGCUCACAUUGUCGACAAGAAAGACCUGCCGAGCAUGAACGAGGAGUAA